AUUUGUGAAGCUGUGUCUGAAAAAGUUGAGAUUAUUUCUUCGAUGUGACCGUCAGAACUGUUCUCAUCAAAUUCUAAGGAAAGGACACAAAGGCACAUCUAAUUUAAUUAAGGUUUCUGUUUUUUCCCCCUCCUGUCUAGCAUGAGUCCCUUCUUCAUGAUGUCUCUCCUCUUUGGCCUGACCUUUGGUCAAACAGCAUCACUUUGUGCUCCUUCAGAGUACACAAUCCACGUGGAGAAACGGGAGUGCGCCUAUUGCCUGGCCAUCAACACCACCAUCUGCGCCGGAUUCUGCAUGACACGGGACAGCAAUGGCAAGAAGCUGCUACUCAAAAGUGCUCUGUCCCAAAACGUGUGCACAUAUAAAGAGAUGUUGUAUCAAACAGCACUGAUUCCGGGCUGUCCUCAUCACACCAUCCCUUACUAUUCUUACCCCGUGGCCAUAAGCUGCAAGUGUGGUAAAUGUAACACUGACUACAGUGACUGUGUUCACGAGAAGGUUAGGACCAACUACUGCACUAAGCCACAGAAGCUCUGUAACAUGUGAGCUUCCAACAGAACACAGCAGAAAUGUACCUCUCUGCUCAGAACCAAGAUAAAUAAAACAAUAUUUCAUAACAGGUUUGCAAA